AUGAAGGGAGAUCAAGCAUCAAUUAUAAGUGGUGUAAUAGAAUUCAUCAAGGAAUUGCACCAAGUUGUUCAAUCUUUGGAGUCGAAAAAACGCCGAAAGAGUAGUAGUCUAAGCCCUAGCCCUGGACCUAGUCCAAUGCCCUUUCAAUUAAGUCCUCAACCAGACAGUCCACUAUUUGCAUGUAAUACUGAUCAGUUCAAGGAAGUUGGGACUUGUUGCAACUCUCCUCUUGCAGAUGUUGAAGCUAAGAUUUCGGGAUCCAACGUCAUCCUGCGAACGAUAUCCCGGAGAAUCCCGGGGCAAAUUGUGAAGAUAAUCAAUGUGUUGGAGAAACUUUCUUUUGAGAUUCUUCAUUUGAACAUCAGUAGCAUGGAAGACACUGUCCUAUACUCUUUUGUCAUAAAGAUUGGACUUGAAUGUCAAGUGAGUGUGGAGGAACUAGCCCUUGAAGUUCAACAAAGCUUCUGCUCCGAAGCAGUUUGUGUUAAGGGAGAUACAGAAAAUCCAUUACAAGUGUUCUAA